UCAUCACACUCCCCAUUUCUUCACAAACCUAUCUAAAACAUCAAAAGCAAAAGCAUCUCUCUCUCUUCUCGUCUCUUAAACCAUUCACCAAAAAAAACAAAAAACAAAAUGUAUUCGUUAGUCUUUAAACUCUUUCUGGUUUUCUGUCUCUUCCAAAUCUCAAUCUCUGCUAGGAAACUAGCAGAACAAGGAGAAUCAAACCAGUUUCAACUAUUGAAAUACCACAAAGGAGCUCUUCUCUCCGGAAAAAUCUCCGUUAACCUAAUCUGGUACGGCAAUUUUAAGCCAUCUCAAAGAGCAAUUAUCUCCGAUUUCAUCACCUCACUCUCACAUUCAUCUCCAAAAACUCUCAACCAACCAUCUGUCGCCACGUGGUGGAAAACCACAGAGAAAUACUACAAACUCGCGGCAGGAGAUAAAAACCCUUCUUCUUCUUCCUCUUCACCAUCUCUCUCGCUCACUCUCAAGACCCAAAUCCUCGACGAGGCUUACUCUCUCGGAAAAUCUCUAACCGAUAGAGAGAUCCGCAAACUAGCUUCUAAAGGAGCUCAAUACGACGCAGUCAACGUCGUAUUGACUUCAGCUGACGUGGCGGUGACAGGAUUCGGUAUGAGUCGAUGCGGGACCCACGGGUACGCUCGUGGUAAUAAUGCGGGUAAACGGGGCUCCAAAUUCGCUUACAUUUGGGUCGGAAACUCCGAAACGCAAUGUCCGGGUCAAUGCGCGUGGCCGUUUCACGCGCCGGUUUACGGUCCUCAGAACCCGCCGCUCGUGGCGCCGAACAACGACGUUGGACUCGACGGUAUGGUGAUUAACUUAGCCAGUCUCUUAGCCGGAACCGCGACGAACCCGUUUGGUAAUGGUUAUUACCAGGGCCCACAAAACGCACCUCUCGAAGCUGCGUCUGCGUGUCCUGGCGUUUAUGGGAAAGGAGCUUAUCCUGGUUACGCUGGGGAUCUGCUUGUGGAUACUACGACCGGAGGUAGUUUUAAUGCGUAUGGUGCAAACGGCAGGAAGUUUUUGCUUCCUGCUUUGUAUGAUCCUACGACGUCGGUUUGCUCUAUUAUGGUUUGAGAAAAACAAAGAAAGAAUCUAAUGUUUGGGUCUUGGUCUCUGUAGUAGAAAAUAAUAUUCAAUCUAGUGUAAUUCUUUUAUUCAAUUAAUAUUGUUUUCUAUUUUCUCUUCAUAUAUUUGUACGAAUUUUUUUUUU